AACGAAAUACCAGAUUUUCACAAUUGGCCAUCUUUGUUUAAACAGUACACUUUUCUUACAUUAAGACUAGAAUAGGUGGUGUAGAAGAAAAAGUAACGGAGAGAAGAGAUGUUACUAAAACGCAAACUAUAUCUACAUCGUAAAAUUAUAAGCCGAUAGUUACAGUUUAUGAUGGCAAAUUACAAACUCUUCAAUCUACUUAUUCAUUUUUAUCUCUGUGUCGUGAAUGUUUCAUCUGUUUAUAUAGAAAACAACGCAUAUAAAGGCAUAACCAUAUCCAUUUCGGAGAGUGUACAAAAACAGGAAUUCAGCAUCGAAACACUAAAGGCUGUUCUCACCAAGUCAUCUGAAUUCAUCUACCAUGCCACGAGAAAGCGUUCCUAUUUUGGAGAAUUCAUCGUCUCACUUCCAUCUUCAUGGACUGCUCAAGUGUGUAAAAAUGACGAUUUUACCACAGAAAUUUCUCAAAGAAUUGACGUCUAUCUGACAAACUCGGAUCAAAAACGACAUUUGACGACGAAGCACAGUAGAGGAUGCGGUUUAGAGGGCGAUAGAAUUGACAUGCCUCUUGAAUGGUUGAAUGAAAACAAUGUAGCAAGCCUUGCUCGUCAGUUCGCGCAGCACUGGUCAAUUUAUCGAUAUGGAGUUUUUGAAGAGAAAACCAUCAUUCAAGAUUCCUGUUACUUAUCUGGAAAGUCAUGGACACCAGUCGGAUGUUAUAACAUCAAACCUCAAUCUGAGCCUACAUUUGAAGAGGGUCUCCCAAUAUGCUCUUUACCUAGCGACUUCUUUGAAACAUCAGAAUUGAAAUCGUCUCUAAUGUCUGACGCCAACUCUUCGAAAGCGUUAGACUUCUGUGACGGAUUUUCAUUUCCUCACAAUCCUGCUAUGCCUACUUUUCAUAAUACUCUCUGCAAAGGAAGAACAGUUUGGUCUGUGAUAGAAAAUUCUCCUGAUUUUAAGUAUGGAAUGAAUCUGCCACUGAAAACCAAUAAUCCGCCAAAGAGUCCUGUGUUUAAAUGCUUCAAAGAAGUAUCUGUCCAUGUCACUCUCGCGAUUCAGACCAACACUAUUGAGCUCAUACCAUUCAAGGUUAUGAAACAAAUGCGAGCGGUACUGUAUGAAUUUCUGGGGAAUAUGGUACCAGAAAAUUCCAAAGUAACCUUGGUGACAUUCUCUGACAAGGAAGAUUCAAGUGCACCUUUUGAUAUUGACAUAAAAAACUCUAAGAAAUUGAAUCAGCAACUAUUGAGUCAUGUAAAAGUAACUAGAAUAAUAAAUAACACAUGUCUUUCGUGUGGUUUUCAAAAAGCUUUAAAUAUAACACAAUAUUCUUCUUUUUCAUCGCCAAUUGUUGUUGUGAUUGCCUGGAAGAGUGCUGUGAUUGAUGAGAAUCCUUCUAUGUUAAUUAACAGCAUCAAAGAAUUCUCUCCCAGUGUGAGACUGCAUUUAAUCCUGGUGGAGGACACGACGACAAAGGAAAUUCCAACUGAUAUAAUUCAGGCCAUCAGGUCACAGAACGGUCUCAUAUAUUUUUUACCUCAAGAGCUUGUCUUCAGGGCGAGCAAACUGUUGGGGAUUUUGGCUGCUGUUGUCAAAAAUCCCAUGGAAGUUGAAGACAAAAUUGUUGUUGUACACAAAAAACAAUAUCUAGAUAUAUCUCAAAAUUUUGUUGAUUCCUUCACAAUACCUUCCGGAAAAUUCUACAAGAUGCUUUAUAUUAUGUAUUGCUCAAACAAUGACAAAUCAGUCAUUCAAUCAGGCAAUUCAGAAUGUACAUCUUUGUCUGAACUCUCAGAUACUGAUGAGACAUUUAAAUGCGGCGAGUUGUGGAACUUCAAUGAUAAAAAGGAGAAGAAAAUAUGGGAAUAUCCAUUUUCAUAUUCUGAAUCCCCAACACCUCUACAUUGUUCUUCAAUCGCAAUGCUUCUUUCAUCACCAUCGAAAGAUUCUUUUACAUUAAAAGGAUGGUUGAGUGAAUAUGUGAUAAAAGUACCAAGAAACGCUCUCACUAUUUAUAUUGAAAUAGUAGGAUCUUCUAAACACAAGUUUAAUGUAACAGCGCAGAUUUCUGGUCCUGGAUUAACGUCUCCAGCUCUACUAGAGCUACGGGACAAUGGAAAUGGAGAUCCUGAUACAAAAGCUGGUGAUGGAAUUUACAGUAGAUAUUUCACAAAAUUUUCUGAAAAAGGAAUUUAUAUUGUGACCGCAUCAGCAGAACAUUUGGUGAACAAUGCUGACAGUUUUUUCGUAGGAGAAAAACGAAAUCAAGGGGGCAAACUAGUCCAAAGCAAAACCAUUGGAUUUUUCUACGUGAGUGAUACAAUACCUAAAUUGGAUACACUCCCACCCAAUAGAGUGGCUGAUCUGAGAAUUGCGUCCAUAAAUCAUGAUAACAGGACAGCUGUACUGCAGUGGACUGCACCAGGAGGAGACUAUGAUGAGGGAAAAGCAAAAGAAUACGAAGUGUACUAUACAGAAGACUGGAAAUAUCUUCAAGAUUCUAUGCUUUCAAAAAUUCCGACAAAUAUGUUGAAGUACAAUGAUAUGAGAUCGCCUAAACCAUCUGGACAACCAGAAAGGGUAACAUUUCAAUUUCCAGUUGGCCAAGAAAAAAAUGUUUACUAUAUUGCUUUGAGAGCCAUAGAUAUUACUGGGAAUAGAGGACAAUUAUCAAACAUAGUUCAAAUUGUGAUUGGCAUAGAAAAAAGGCCUACAACAAACACAACACAUCUCAAUAACACAGGAGAUGGAACUGAGACUUCAACACACAGUAUUCACCAAGAGGAUGAAGACUUUUCAAGAUGUUAUAUAAUCUUAGGUGGUGCAAUUGGAGUUCUCUUGAUAAUUAUAAUUAUAAACAUCAUAAUAUGGCUUGUGUGUCUGCAAAAAUACAAAAAACGCUGGAAGGAAAUACAAGAUAAUUCACAGCAAAGUGUAGCCCCUCUACAAAGUAAAACAGACAUUAAGGAAAACAUUUCAGAAGUUGCAUCAACAAAUCCUCAUUCAUAUACUAAUCCAAUUAUGGAAGAUUAUACUAUGCCUAGAGAAAGCAAUGGAAUUAGAGAAAAUGCAUCUUUCCAUCAGCCAGCAACAUAUGCAUAUGUGACGAAAAAGGAUAGGAGAUGUGAAGAAAGAGAUGGCUACCCACUAAGACGAGUUGAUAAUAUCAAUGUGGGACAGGAUCAUCCACGGCACAGAGAAAGGGAUUUAGGAUUAGUUUAGCUAAAUUACUGACUUCAAAAGUCUUUCUAAAUAUAAUCUUAUGCUGUAGAUAUCCUCUGAUAAAACGAAAUGCAUUAUUGGGAGAAAUGAGUGAAGUUACCAGUGAUUAGAAAACUAAAGAACUAAGUUUCAUAUAUUUUCUUUAAAAAGAAAUGGCUAUGGGGAAAAAAAUCAAUAAAUAUAUUUUACAAAAGUAAAUGGAACAAUGUGAUUAUUUAGUUUGAUAUUAGUGCAUACUCAAAUAUAAAAGUGCACGAAUAAUAAGUACAAAAUGUUUACUAAAAAAGAGAACUUUAUUGGAAAGUCCAAAAAUAAACUAUUGAUUUAUGAAGUAAAUAUAAUAAUUGUGCAUAUUUGUUAAAACUUAUGCAACAGCAA